GGUACCUGUCUGCCAAAAUUCCUUUGAAAAAAUCCAAAUUUUACAUUUACCUUGCGUUCCAAAAAUGCGUGAAUAUGUGUCCAACAUGGUACGCACGCAUCGCUACCUCUGCAUUUUCACGGUGCUCCAAUUGACCCUAAUGCUCUCGAUGCUGGAAGUGAAAAUCCAAAUAGACCAAUCGCCGCAGCUCCCACGCCCUUUGACCCGAGUCUACUUGGUGGCCCAACUGGGGGAGCUGGCCUGGAGUCCAUUGCUUUCCGGCUUUGCCAUGGGCGCUGUGUUCUACGGAUACGGCCUGAUAUACUUGCCCAGCAGCGGACCGCUCGGGGGGUUCUUCUCCAGGCUGCGCACAGCAGGCCUCUCCGUGUGGCAAAAAUGCAGUCCCGUGAUGCUUGUGCCCUGGAGCAUGAAGGUGUCCCAGGGCCUAAGCCUUUUCCCCUGCCACAUGUGGGAGUGUCUGGCCCAGGAAGUUUGCUUCGAGGCUGACAAUUGUCUGUUGCUCGUCUUCCUGGCUGUUGUGCUGUGGAACUACCUGCUCAUCCUGGCCAUCACCAGCUUGGUGCUGGCCGUGAGACUCAACCUCCAGAUGCUGGCUGCCAGGCACAUCGAUAACGGAGACCACGAGCUGCGGGCCUACGUCCGGGGAAUCAACGAUCUGCUCGGCUUUGAGAUGAUAGUGCUCACCGCAUAGGAGGCAUUUUCUAAAAAUUAACCUCUGUUGUAUAUGGUAAUGUGAUAUAUAUCACAAAUUUUAAGUCUUAUUACGGAACAAUAUAUUACUAAAUGAACUGCCUUGAA